AUGUCGGAGCUUUCAAACAUCCAAAUCCGCGAUGCCGAAUUCCCAGACGACAAGGAGGUGGUGGGGCAGCUGUUCAAGGCGUACGCACAGUCAUUGCCCAUUAGCCUCGAUUUCCAAAAUUUCGACCACGAAUUGGCUGAAUUACCUGGCAAGUACUCAGCGGAGAAAGGAGGGGCGGUUUGGCUACUUUGCUCCUCUGCAGUGAAUGAAGAUCCCGCAUCGGAGGAUGGCAGGGCAAUGCCGACUCAUGGCAAGAAGGCCGGCUUCAGCACUACGAGAAAGAACGAGCAGGCCGUAGGAUGCAUAGCUAUCCGACCAUUCUUCGCUACACCCACUACAGUUGAAUCUGCGACUUUGCUAGCACAUUCAACAUCACCGCCCACUAAAACGUGCGAGCUUAAGCGGCUAUAUCUCGCACCAGAAACGCGGGGUCUGGGUCUCAGCAAGCCGUUGAUGGGAAUCGCUCUCUCACAUGCAAGGAAGCUGGGUUAUAAGGAGAUGCUGCUUGAUACGCUACGAAGCAUGAAGACUGCGAGAAGGGUGUAUGAGGGGUAUGGAUUUGAAGAGGUUGACAGCUACUACGAGAACCCGAACGAUGCUGUAUUCUAUCGCUUGAGGCUCUGA